AUGCUGAACUUAACGUUCUUUGAUGACGACGGAAGCUUUUGUCGCAUUCAGGAAGCCUUCACCGUUGCCUCGGUGAUCAACCCGCUGAUGGCCAUAGGCAAGCUGUUUCGAGAAGGUUGGGAGUUGCGAGUCAACGAAGAAGAAGGUAUGUGUCUUACAGAUGGAAGCUCAAGAAUACCAGUGCAUCUCCACAAGAACAGCUUGGCAGCCUACGCCUACAUACAAACUCCUUCAAGAAGCAGAGGUUACAGCAGCAACAACUACAAGAUGGUUCGCACUGUUGUCCAACUCAACAAGCACGUUCAGGAAGCAGUGAACAAAGAAGAACCUGGUUGGCACAACACAGACAGCAUGUUGAUCGUGAAGUAUGCCACUCAAAGCAGCUAUGAGAACCCAUCUCUCAUGUACAGCCCCACGCACUUUCCGUACAGAAGCACUUUGGUUAAAGAAGAUAAAGGAUGGAGAGCAGUCGAAGUUUCAAGAAAGUACUCCGAGAAGGCAGACCCUUUUGAAGAGUUUGCUGAAGGAGAAAAAGAAGUGGUCACAGCCAUUUCAGCAAAGCCAAUUCCACUUUUGAUCCUUGGCACUCCUUACGCUGCCGGAGACCGAGCAGAUCAAGAAAGCCAUGGUCGUGACUACUGGAAGAUGGAUCUCGAGAAAGGAGAAGUUGUUCGUCACCACGUAGUACCAAGAACUGUUUUGUUUGACCCGACAGGUGUUUCCAACUGUCCUGUCCUCCUUGGAGAUCUCGAGAACAGCAGGUAUACCCAAGGAGGCUGCAUCUACAGUACAGAAAUUUACGAACACAGUGACGACUGGAGAGCAGACCGUCUACCUCUACGUGAACACUUUCGUUUGCCGUGGUUUGGUCAAACAAGGUUUCGUGUGAAGCCAGAAGUUGUUGAAGACCUGAAGGCAGAAGUUGCAGCAGAGGAGCUAAAGAAGAAGAAAGAAGACCACUACAAAGAGAAGGAAGAUUCAGCAGCACCACCAGAAGCAGAAGAAAGCAAAGAUGAGGAGAUGAGAGAAGCACAAGAAGACCAAGAAGCACCGCAAGAAGUUGUUGAAGUUUUGGAGGAAAGCUUCUACCAUGAAGGCGUCGAGUACACAGCACAAAAGAGCAGUCUUAAGGAACUACAAGCACUUUGCAGAGAGUACGGAGUGAAAACAACAGGAAGCAAGAAGCAACUCUUGAGGAGACUCGCCACAGCCAGAGAAGAAAGGCUCAGCACGCAACACAAGGAACAACGGGAACACCACCAAGCAUACCACCUAGCACCACCACAGGAACCAACGGAAGAGGAGAGAGCGUACCACAACUUGACGCACCUUCCGUAUCAGCCUUGGUGUCCCCAUUGCGUUGCUAUGAAAGCACGAGAAGACAACCACAAGAAAGGAUUGAGCAAGCCAAGCAGCUCUACGGAUUCCGCGAAGCCCGUCAUCAGUUUUCAGUUUUGCUAUACAAGCACCACAGGAAGUGAAGAGCCACCAGCAGUGACUCUUGUCGCUGUGGACAGCUGGAGCAAGGCAGUUCUUGCGGAAGAACGCGAACAGCUCGAGAACGACGAGGCCGCCAGUGACCCUCCGAGUUCGGAGGACAGCAGUGAAGAGCAGCAGCGAGCACUUGAAGACAGAGAGGAACAAAGCGAAGGCAGCAGCAUGAGUGUGACGAUAGACAGAAAGAGAAGAGCUGAAGUUGAUGACGACACCCUUUUGGAGGAACUUAGAGCAGCUGAACCACUUACAGCCUCAGCUGAAGCACUUGCAGCACCAGCUGAACCAAGAGCAGAAGCAAGCAAGCACAGCCUUGAGCCUGAGGAACCAAGCUCACCCAGCAAGUUACGAAAGCAGGUCAACAGAGCAGAGGAAACAGACGGUUACCUCAACAUGCCUCAUGAUGAUGAAGUUUACGAAGCAGAUGAUGAGUUUUUGUACGAGUCGGAAGAAGAAGAAGAGGAGACAGAGAGUGAACCAACGGAAGUUUCUACCAAGGUCCCUGUCGAGUUCUUCGAUGAGGAGAAAGGACCACCGAACGUGGAUCCAGCUUUUCUUCAGAAGUUGGAUGAUGAAGCUACAGUCAAGGAAAUCAAGAGGUUAACAAAAAUGGGAGUUAUUUCGUUGGUUUCUUUGAAGUUGACGAAGCCACAGCAGGAACAACAAAGCCCAAGCAGAUUCAGAGAUGCUGGCAGCGACGUGCCAGGCUAG